AUGCUCCAAGCUGGUCAUAUUACUCCUUCACAUAGUCCUUGGGCAUCUCCAAUCGUAUUAUCCCCUAAAAAAGAUGAUACACUCAGAUUUUGUGUUGAUUAUCGAAAGUUGAAUGCUAAUACAAUUCGUACAGCAUAUCCUAUGCCUCAAUCACGUCUUGUCUAUAUAGAUGAUAUUGUCGUAUUCUCUUCCACAUUUGAACAACAUCUUAAAGAUUUAUCCUCUGUCUUUGAUCAUCUCAAAACUGCUGGACUUACUCUUAAAGCCUCAAAAUGUGAUUUUUGUAGAAAAGAAUUAAAGUACUUAGGACAUAUUAUUACUCCUGACGGUAUUAAACCUGAUCCCGGUCUAAUCGACUCCGUGAAACUUUUUCCUCAACCUACACGAUUAAAAGACAUUCAAUCAUUUUUAGGCUUAACUGGAUACUACAGAAAAUUUAUAAAAGAUUACGCUAAAAUACGUUCUCAUCAAAAAUCUAAACCUCCACCAAAUAACAUAGAAUGGUCUGUUGAGUGUACUAUAGCCUUUGAACGAUUAAAAACUGCACUUACUCAGGCUCCUAUACUUCGAGCUCCAAAUUUUAAUGAACCUUUCAUUUUGGAAACAGAUGCCUGUGAUUAUGGUCUUGGUGCUGUCCUUACUCAAGAAUAUGAUAAUAAAAAAACUUGUUAUUGCUUACGCUAG